UCCGGAAAACCCUAGCAUUUGCUCCUCUCAAUCCCCAUGCUUCCUUUCUCUUCAGCCCUCUCGGGCCAUAUUCGGUAUUUACUCCAGAGCUUGAACGAAUCGAACUCCCAAGAUGUCUUUCAGGAGUUCUGUCAGUAUGUUGGAUAUGGAACUGAGGGAAGCAUACUGAUCCUCCAAACCUGCUUGGAUCACCUAAAUAUUCAUGGGAAGCAUUUGAAGAAUACACAAUUGGAACCAAUAUUUGGUUCAAUUAUUAAAUUUAUGUUGGAUAAACCGAAUUUCAAUACAGUGCUCUGUGAGUCCCUAAUAAGUGUAGAGAUCAAUGAAUAUUUUCUGGAAAAUCUCGCUAAUGCUUUACACUUGUCAACACCUGAGACGCCCCACCCAGAUUGUUUAGGUUGAAGCUUCCAUAUAGAGAGGUAGCUGUACACAUCUUGUAGCUGUACACAUCUUCUCCAAGCUCCCAUUUGGCAUGAACUGAUACACUAAAGCUUUGAAAAAUCGAUUCUUUGCUAUCUUGCCUUCAACUUGUUCGACAAAAUGCCUAAGUGAACUUCUGUCACUGAGAAGUCACAAGAUGAUUAAGGAGAAAGAGAGAGAGAGACAGAGGGACAAAGAGAGAGACAGAGAGGGCAGCAAGCUAUCAAUGAAGAAGGGCAAACAAGCUAAGAGCAAAUUAGCCAAGAGUGAAUCAAAAUGUAAAUCUGCUAAGUGCAAAUCAACCAAGGUCUCCUUGAUGGAGUUUGAUAAUCAGGGGGAUGCUCAAAUAUCUACCGAUGAGAUGCCUGAUGUACUCCCCCGCAGGUCUACACGUAUCCGAGUAGCCCCCAAAUCUCUCAUAUCUGGAGAUUUUGUGGGACCAUGGCAAAGGCUCUCGAAUGAAAACAAAAGGGGAUUAACGGAUGUGGAAUCAGAGGAUAGCUCAAUCGAGUGUGAUUGUGUCGGUCUAUGUUUGUGUGGAAAUCUUGGUACACCACGGUUGCAAAUGAAUGUGGAAAUGCAAGCCUCAACUGAGCAAUCAUCAAAGCAGCACCAAAUACCUAAUGCAUGGAACACACCAACUAGAGUGCUAACUGAUCUUGAGCAGUGGCCAAAAUUGGCCAUUGUUUCCCCACUGGCGGCAAAUGAAAUGAUAAUGUCAAAGAAACUUGGCUCACCUAAUGCUGACCAAAGGAGAGAAGUAAUUGAUACCAAGCAACGGAAGAGUGUUGAAAAUGUGCGAGCUUGUAGUAAUGAAGAUUUAGCUGAACUACAUAUGGAAGACACACAAUAUGGCAAGGAUGAAUGUCUUGAUGGUGAUACAACUGCUAUAUUAGGGAAGAACUUCUGCAUGGUUCAGAUUGGGGAACUUUUUGCCAAUCCUGUGUGUGUUAAUUCUACUGAGCAAAUUCAAAAUAUUUUUAUGUUUCUUCAUCGAUCUGAGGGCCUGUCCAAGCACGUGGAUUCAUUUAUGCAGAUGUUAUCUUUAGUGCAAUUGAAAAAGGGUGACCACUUUAUUUUAGCUCCAUUGUUUUCAGAUGAAUUGCAUGAGGCAACCUUCUUGAGGAGCUUGGAUUUGUUCGAAGGCGAUGAGAAUGAUUUUGAUGCUGUUCUAGCAGAAAUGGAGAAGGAGAUGAGCAUGUCUGAUAUAAUGAAGGAAUUGGGCUAUGGAUGCACAGUUAAUGUCUCACGGUGCGUGGAGAUGUUAUCUCUUUUUUUGCUGCUGACUGAAAUCAAUGUUUCUGGGAUACUUUGCACAAUUGCCCGCAGCCAUGCUGGGCUUGAGGACAAUCAGAAUGCAUUUUCGACUUUCUGUUAUGCUCUUGGUACUGACAGUUCGUCUGAUCUGCCAUUGAUGAGCUCAUGGAAUAUUGAUGUCCUUAUUGAUUCAAUCAAGCAGCUUGCUCCUGAAACCAACUGGAUAAGUGUUGUUGAAAACCUAGAUCAUGAGGGAUUCUACUUCCCUAAUGAGGCAGCAUUUUCCUUUUUUAUGUCCGUUUAUAAACGUGCAUGCCAGGAUCCAUUCCCACUCCAUGCUAUUUGUGGGUCUGUUUGGAAGAAUACUGAGGGCCAGCUAUCUUUUCUUAAGAAUGCCGUUGCAGUGCCACCUGAAGUAUUUACCUUUGCAAAUGCUGGGAGGCAACUGGUAUAUGUUGAUGCUGUGCAUGGUCUUAAAUUUCAACCUGGACAUGCAAAUCAUGCAUGGGUAUGUCUUGAUCUUUUGGAGGUGUUGUGUCUGCUAGCUGAGAGAGGUCAUGCAAGUGCUGUUCAAUCAAUGCUUAAGCAUCCUCUUGAGCACUGCCCUGAAGUCUUGCUUCUUGGAAUGGCCCACAUUAAUACUGCUUAUAACUUCCUCCAAUACGAAGUGUCUUCGAUUGUUUUCGCCAAGAUACUUAAAAAUAGCACAGGGAGUGGUAUGGUUCUUCAUCUCUGGCAUGUUAACCCUAACCUUUUGGUGCAGAGUUUUUUAGAUGCUCGCAACAUUGAUCCAGACGAUAUAAGUAGAGUUUUGGACAUCUGCCAGGAGCUUUAGGUAAAAACUUAAAGUGCACUUUGAGUUGAAUUUCGUAAUAAGGCAAUAAGGUUGAAUAUGGAGAGAUAAUAGAGACAGAAAAGAACACAAAAGGUUUAAUGUGGUUUGGCCAAUAUUGUCCUAUGUUCACACACACAAAGCCUUAUGGGUUACAUCUUUCAUUCCCUCAACUUCAUACUUUUGUUUACAUGAUACACCAUAUAUAUAGAGUGGGAGAUACAAUCAAAUCACUUCAGUUAAAGGAUUGAAAGUAAUCAAAGAUACAAAAAAUCAUAGAAAACACAAAUCAUGGGAUCUCUAUAUGUUCUGAUAUCUUUCGUAUCUUCUAACAUCUUUAACAAUAUAAUCUUAGGCCAAGUUUGGCUACCCAAAAUAAGUACACACUUUUUAUCUUUUUUCCAUCACAUCACCUCUUUUCUUUUCUGCACAUCUUUUCGUAAAAAGACAAAAAGUACACUUAUUUAGGUCAUCCCAAACAACCCUUUAUUUUCAACACUCUCCCUCAAGUUGGAACACGGAACGGUUGAAAUGAAGUGUCCAACUUGAACUCGAAAAUAGGGUGAUCAUAACAAACAACUACAAUUAAGUUGUUGAAAAAUGACAACAAUUGUAAUAACUCUCCUUAAUGACCACUUCGGAGAACAUAGGCAAGGAAUCAACAUUUUGCAACAAAGAAAUGUGCAUAGAAUCAGUCAUGCUGGCAACAAGAGAAACCAGCCGAGGGAGAAAGCAAAAAGGCCGGAAAAUGCCAUAUUACAACAAAUGCUACCAAAUACACUGGUAGUCCAAAACAAAAAAAGAAACAAAUAUGUGCUUACCACAUUAGCAUAGGGACCCUAAAAGGGUAAAAAAGUAACUGAAACACUCGGCAUAUCACGGGAUAAUGCUACCAAACACACUGGCAGCCCCAAAACAAGUAAAAACCAUAGAGUUUGCUUACCACAUCAGUCAACUAGUGGUCAACACAAGGAAAAGGUGAAAACACGUUGAUAACAAAAAAUAUGGAGUGAGAAAGCACUCUAGAGCAAUGUUUUAAAAACCGGACCGAUGAGCGAAUCGGAAAAGUGAUUGGGUGGACGGAUCACUGGUUCAAAUGUCGGGUUGAAUCGGAAUCGAAUCGUAAUGUCAUAAUUAUUUUAUGAAUAUUUUUAUAAUUUAAAAAUAAAUAAAAUACAUUCAUUUAAAAUAUUUUUAUAAUUUAAUAUAUAUAUUCAUCAAACAUAUAUGUUUAUAUAUGUUUUUAUAUUAAUAUUGUUUGUAAAAAUAUUAAUUAUACAUGUGUUUGAGAGAAAUUAGUUUGAAUACAGUUAAUAUCAAAGUGGAAAUUCAUACUUUUUGGAGCUUGCGGUGUUGGGUUUUAGUCUCUUUAGCAUGAACUUUUUUCAAUAUUGGACCAAACAUAGCAAACUGGUUCAGUUUGCUUCAACUUGCACUUUUAGGGGCUUAUGAGCAGAAUAAUAGUAGUGUGCUUCAGAUUCUUAAGUCAAGUGAUAGCUCAAAGAAAAUAGGUGGUUCUGUUGCAGGCCAUAGGUAUAUACGCAGAGAUAGAAGGCAGGGUCAUGACAGAUUAUUUGCAGAUUAUUUUGCUGUAAAUCCAGUGUAUUCACCUAUAAUAUUUUGGAGACGUUUUCGAAUGCGUCGUCUUUUGUAUCUGCGAAUUUUGAAUGCAAUCCAAGCACACAAUUCAUAUUUUGUUCAAAAACAAGAUGCAGUUCAUGUAGUUGGAUUAUCUCCCCUACAAAAAAUGACUUCAGCGAUGAGAAUAUUGUCAUAUGGUGUCGCAGCAGAUGCAGUUGAUGAUUACAUACGUAUCGGAGAAAGCACUGCAAUUCAAAGUUUACAACAAUUUUGUAAUUCAGUGAUUGAAAUCUUUGGAGUACAAUAUCUGAGAUCUCCGACACCAACUGACAUUGCUAGAUUACUUGCUAUUGGGGAGGUUCGGGGGUUUCCUGGUAU